UAGUUUCUUUUUUCUCGCUGAGAAUAUCAGUCACGCCCGAAUCCCAUUUGGGAUCGGUUUAUCUCACUUAACUGUUGCGACCAAAGUCAAGGUCUAUCACAAUGUCUUCAUCACAGCCGCCAACAAAGCCAUUCUCUCUGUCACUGGGCGGGGGAUCCUCAGCUUCAAAUGGACAGCCUAAGAAAACUACAUUCAACCUUCAAGGCUUCGCUCGAACGACCGACGCCCCUAGCCGAACCCUUGCGCACCGACCUCAUCAUCUCCACGACGAUGAAUCCGACGAAGAAAGAGCGCCGGUCCACGAGGCCGUCACAGAAUUCGACACAGAAACAGGAACCGCUGUAUCUGCUGAUAAGAAGAACGAAAAGCAAGAGCUAGUCAUACCAGUCGCGAGUAACAACAAUUGGCGGAAUCGGCCUGGCGUCAAUAUCCGGAGACCGAAAGGCAAGAACCUGCUACCAAAGGAAGUCCAAGCAAUACAGGAAGCCGCGAAGAGAGGCGAAACUGCCGGAGACGACACUGAGACCGAUCGUCCGAGCAUGUCCUAUGGACUUAGUUUUGCGCAGCAACGGAGUACGGAGCAAGAUGCUGAGGGCGAGACGGACGAUAAGCCGAUGGAGGAUGCAGAGCCUAUUGGGGAAGAGCAACGAAAGCCGCUUACGCAGGAUGAGAUCGCGCUUCGAGCGCUUAUUAGUGAGAGUAAAGGGGACACGGAGGCCCGGUCGGAUCUUGUUAUUGAGUCUAGACCUGUGAAUGGAGAAGAUGUGACUGGGGUGCGCUACGACGAGACAUCUUCUUUUAGGGCUGACGUUGAUUCUCGACCGGAGUCAGCCACUUUGGAUCAGUACAAUGCGAUUCCUGUUGAGGAAUUUGGUGCGGCUUUACUUCGAGGAAUGGGCUGGAAGGAAGGCCAGGCUGUUGGGAGAGGGAAAUAUGGCUCCUCUCCUGCUGUUGAUAAGCCACGCAUUCCUGAGCGUCGACCGGGUUUUCUGGGUAUCGGAGCGAAGGAUGCUUCAGGGGGUAAGGGUGCGGAGGCAGAGCUGGGUGCUUGGGGAAAAACUGCGAUGCGCAAAGGAGCUAGGAAAAAUGGCAAAGAAGGCGAGGCUAGCACAGAGGGUGUCUAUAUGCCUGUUAUGAUGCGGAACAAGAAGACAGGCGAGUCCAUAACGGAAGAGGAGCUCUCGGCUUUACAGAAGGAGGCCAAAUCUAAGAAAGGUGACGAUGAAUGGAAAGAACGAAGGGAUCGCAACCUUGAAAGGAGUGGACGCGAUAGAGACCGGGAUAGAGAUUACCGGCGCCGUGAUUACGAACGAGACGAUGAUGAUCGUUAUGACAAGCGGAGGACAGGUUCCUCAAGAAGAGACAGAAGUCAUUCAAGACGACGAAGAUACGAAGAUGACGAUAAUGACCGAUACUCUCGGGAUAGAGAUCGUGACCGAGAACGUCGUCGCGACCAUGAGCGAGAGAAGGACCGAGAAAGAAGCCGCAGAUACCGGGAUGAUGAUCGCUACAGUUCCAGUAGGCACUCGUCCAAUACAUCGAGCAGACAUGGUCGAGAUCGUGACCGGGAUCGAGACAGUGAUCGAGACUCUCGCCAGAGACGGAGGAAUGAUGACAGGUGAUUUGCUUGGCCUGCGAAAUUGCUGAGACCCUCAUUUAUAAGAUUUUUCCAGAAACAAAUGUAUAUUGUUCUCUAGAUACCUCACUUGAUACCACCUUGAUGGCAUUCCAGCAUAAAUUGAUAGAAAAUCAUACUCAGUUAGACGAUACAAGUAUCAACAAUCAAAAGGCCCUUGCAAGCUCGAAAAGCAACCUCGUUGUGAGCGAUGGGAAAGAAAUAAGAGGUACAAGGCAAAUACGGAGGAAAAGG